CUCACGUGUUGUAUGGAAGAUGGCUGCGUUCUGAAAGCUCCACGCUUGUCUAUUUACAUUUAGUACAUUUUUAAGUUUUACCGGAUUGCCAGGCUUUCAUCAACUGCGACCAUGUCCAGGCUCAUUGUCAAAAACCUCCCGAACGGGAUGAAGGAAGAGCGGUUUCGAAGCAUGUUUGCUGCUUUCGGCACCCUGACAGACUGCAGUCUGAAGUUCACCAAGGAGGGCAAGUUCCGCAAGUUUGGAUUUGUGGGGUUCAGAUCGGAGGAGGAGGCAGGGAAUGCACUGAAACACUUCAAUAAGAGCUUUGUGGACACUGCAAGAAUAACGGUGGAGUGUUGUAAACCCUUUGGGGAUGCAACAAAGGCUAAAGCCUGGAGCAAACACUCUCGGAAUAAUGUGUCCACUCAGGGCAAGGAGUCUGUCCAGCAGAAGGAGGCCCCGGCAGAGACAGCAGUGAAGAAGGAGAAAAAGAAGAAAACACUCACCAGCACCCUUGGCGAGCUGAAGGAUGACCAAGACUUCAAGGAGUUCCUGGCUGUCCACCAGAACCGAGCGCAGGUGCCAACGUGGGCCAACGACACGCUGACAGAGCCCAAGAAGAACAAGGAGCAGGACGAGAAGAAAAAGAAGAAAGCAGCCACGGACUACCUGAACUUUGACUCGGAGGAGGAGGAGGAGGAGGAGAAGGAGGAGGAGGAGAACAACACAGAGAGGGCAGGCAGGGAGACGGGGCUGUCUGACAUGGAUUACCUGCGUUCCAAAGUGGUGAGUGAGAGAGAGGAAGAGAGCGAGGAAGAAGAAGAGAGCACAGCAGACAGGAAGCCGCCCCCCCAACAGACAGACAACACCUAUGAGAGCGGAGACAAGGGCACAGCUAAAACACUGACGGAUAAAAAGAAUGGAAAAGAAAGCCAGACUGAGCCCACCACACCAUACACUGUGAAACUGAGGGGCGCUCCGUUCAACGUGAAAGAGCAACAAGUACAGGAAUUCCUGGUGCCUCUGAAACCGGUGGCUAUCCGCAUAGUAAGAAAUGCACAUGGGAACAAGACAGGUUCCAUUUUUGUUGAUUUGAAGUCUGAAGAUGAAGUCGUGAAGGCUCUGAAAAGAAACAAGGACUACUUGGGCGGUCGCUAUAUCGAGGUGUUCCGUGCCAAGGCUUCCCCUGCAGACCGAGCUGAGAAGCACAGGGUUGAGGAGAAGGAUUGGAGAAGGCAGCUGAAGGAGGAUGAAGAGGAGGAGGAGGUAUCUGAGUCAGGGAGGCUGUUUGUCAGGAACCUACCCUACACCUGCAGCGAGGAGGACAUCUCAGGACUAUUCAGCAAGUACGGCCCCCUGUCAGAAGUGCACUUUCCAAUCGACAGCCUCACUAAGAAGCCCAAAGGUUUUGCCUUCAUCACCUUCCUGAUUCCAGAGCAUGCCGUCAAGGCACUGGCUGAGCUUGACGGGCACAUCUUCCAGGGCCGAAUGUUGCAUCUCUUGCCCUCCACCAUAAAGAAGGAGAAGGUGGAGGAGGGUCCCACUGCACCCGGAGCCUCGUCCUACAAGAAGCAGAAAGACUCCAAGGACAAGGCCAGCGGUGCCAGCUCUCAUAACUGGAACACACUGUUCGUCGGGACCAGUGCAGUGGCUGAUGCCAUCGCUGAGAAAUACAACACCACCAAGAGCCAGGUUCUGGACCAUGAAGCUCGUGGCAGUGUGGCCGUGCGCAUGGCUCUGGGGGAAACCCAGAUCGUCCAGGAGACACGACAGUUCCUCCUUGACAACAAAGUGAGCCUGGACUCCUUCAGUCAGGCGUUAGGCCCUCGCAGUGGGACAGUGCUCCUGGUAAAGAACCUUCCUGCAGGGGUGCAGGGGCCAGAGUUGGAGGCUGUGUUCGCUCCGUUUGGAUCUCUGGGGCGAGUGCUGCUGCCCCCUGCUGGACUGACUGCCAUAGUGGAGUUCCUGGAGCCAACUGAGGCCAAGCGUGCCUUCACUAAACUGGCCUACACCAAGUUUCAGCAUGUGCCCCUGUAUCUGGAGUGGGCCCCCAUGGAUGUGUUCUCAGGACCCUUGCCCAACAGUGUACAGAAACAGGAGCCCCUUUCCUCCCCCGCUGUAGAGGAGGUGAAGGACACGAAGCCUGAGAGUUCAGGGGAGGAGGAGGAGGAGGAGGAGGAGGAGGAGGGGAGCCAGCCUGGCUGCACACUCUUCAUCAAGAACCUUAACUUCACCACAACCGAGGACACCCUGAGACAGACAUUCUCCAAGUGCGGGGCUCUGAGGAGCUGCUCUAUCUCCAAGAAGAAGGACCGAUCAGGCAACAUGCUGUCAAUGGGAUAUGGCUUUGUGGAGUUCAAGAAGGCUGAAUCUGCAGAGAAGGCUCUCCGGCAGCUACAGCACUGCAUUGUGGAGGAGCAUCAACUGGAACUGAAGCUGUCAGAGAGAGCAACCAAAGCCACGGUGACGUCGGUGCGGAAAAAGCAGCAGUCAAAGAAGCAGACGAGCUCCAAGAUCCUGGUGCGCAAUGUCCCCUUCCAGGCCAGUGUGAGGGAGGUGCGGGAGCUCUUCAGCACAUUUGGAGAGUUGAAGACAGUCCGUCUGCCCAAGAAGAUGAGCGGGACCGGGACUCACAGAGGAUUCGGAUUCGUCGACUUCCUCACCAAGCAGGACGCCAAGAAAGCCUUCACAGCUCUGUGCCACAGCACCCAUCUGUACGGACGCCGCUUGGUCCUGGAGUGGGCUGACUCAGAGGAGUCGGUAGAGACACUGAGGAGGAAGACUGCCCAGCACUUCCACGACGGUCCUAAGAAGAAGCGUUCUGAAGUGAUGGAAGACAUUUUGGAUCAGAUGGAAACUGGAGAGGAAGACUAGAAUGGACAGAGGUUGAACACCACGUAGGUGUGAACGCUGUGGAUCCCCUGAUGAAAAGACCAAAGCCUUGGGGAAUCAACGCCACAAUAAGCAGAGCCUUCACAGCGGCAGCCUGAUUCAGUUCUCCCAAUACAGGAAGAUAAUGUGUUUUGGAGUCCUGUGAAUCAGCCACCAAAUAUAUAGAAAUGGCAGGGCUAUGACCCAGGGCACACUGACACAGGGAGGAUUGUCUCCUGUGGUUUCCUUUCACAAAGAGAAUGGACCUCUUGAUCUCUUGUUUAUCUGUUCACAGCACAACUUGUGGGGUUUUAUUUUUAAACCAUCGACUGACUGUAUUCUAUUUUCAACAAUCCUUAAAGGAGUAUACAAUAUUUAAAAAAAAUAAAUAAAUAAAUUAACCUCUUUAAUCCAUUAUGGGGGAAGCAUAUCCCUGACAACGAGGAUAUUGAAGACCUCCAUAUUAUUGUAUAGUGCUGAAACUGGGUCUUCUAAACUGGGUCUUCUAAAGAAGGUGUCUGUCUGUGUGUCACUCUUCUUAGGAAGAACUUGUGAUUUGUGAGUUUCAGUAUCUGGGAAUAAAUAACUCUCACUGUUUCUUGUACAUCCUGUGGAUGUAGUUCAUGGAGACAUACUUGCGUCUUGGGUUUCCACACCAUUAAUCUGCUGAACAUCUCUGUACCGCUCAAUGGUCCUGUUUUCUGUUUGCUGUUUAUCUUUUAAAAUGUAACAACAUGGUGCCAUUUGCAGUAUAAUUUCCCCCAAGUAAAGACCAGUGAAAACCA